AAAUGAGCAGAUUGACGUUCAGUUUCGGUGCUGCUGCUCGAGCCUCGCGGUCGAGUGAAGGAGCGCCGUCAGACACCGAGAAGCUGCACUGAUGGACGGAGCGGAGUGGAGGGGAAUUUCAGCGUCCCAGCCUUUCAUGCUCGAAUAACGUGCUCAGACCCGAAAGGGCUGUAAAUAACUGAUAUUCGGUCGCUCAUGGGGUCAGAGCGGGUGGAGAUGGGGAAACGUCCACAGCAGGAUACUGGGAACGCCGGCCACACAAGGAUCACUUCUUCCAACUCACACAUGCUGGACAGCGUGAACACACACACUCUGGGCUGGCUUAAUGCACCCCCCAAUGCCUGCUGCUUCUGCUGGUGCUGCUGCUGCAGCUGCUCCUGUCUUACAGCACGUCCUUUCAAGGAUGAAAGGAUUCCGGAGGGGAUCCGUGAAAAACAAACUGAAGCUGAGGCUGAAGUUGAGGAACUACGUGGCCCCACGCUGGAAGACGUGCAUUUGUGGGCGCAGACAUUCGAACAGUUGAUUAAGAGCCCUCAUGGCCGCGCUAGCUUCCGGCAGUUUCUGAAGACAGAGUUCAGUGAGGAGAACCUGCUGUUCUGGCUGGCCUGUGAGGAGCUGAAGAAAGAGACCAACCGAACUGUGGUGGAGCAGACUGUUAAGCAAAUAUACGAGGACUACGUCUCUAUACUAUCACCCAGAGAGGUGAGCCUGGACUCUCGUGUGCGGGAAGUGAUCAACAAGAACAUGCUGGAGCCGACCUCACACACCUUCGAUGAUGCACAGCAGCAAAUAUACACACUCAUGCAGCGAGACUCCUAUCCACGAUUCAUCAACUCCAGUGUAUACGCAGAUCUUAUUAAAGGUUUGGAAGAACCUCAAACACCCAAUGAGUCCUAACACACACACACACACACACACACACACACACACACACACACACACACACACACACACUUAUUAAGGCCAUAGAGCAGCCUGAUGCUUCUUGACACAGCUGCAGUGAAACUGUUGUGUGAUAAGUAAACAUGCCCAAGUCCCAGCAAAAAAAAAACACCUUGAUAAAAUGAAAUGUUAGAAGCAUUUAGAAGCAUCAGUGACUCUGAAUCAGGUCUGAAUCACCAUACAUUACUUAUAUACUGUCUGAAAAAAGGGUACUGGACAGUUACAUUUUAGUUUAUCAAGGUACAAACAGUGUAAAUGUACCCUCGAAGGCAAAACAGUUGUCCUUAAGGUCUAACUCUGUACCUUAAAUGAGUUUUAAAGGACGCUACAUUCACUCAUCAGAGGAAAGGUGCAUAUUUGUGCCUUUUCAUAAAGAAAAGUCUUAAGAUAGAAACAUUAAAUAAAAUAAAAAUAAAAAGGAUGUAUGAAGUCUGUGCAACCUAAAAAAACAUAAUUACAACAAAAUGUGGUACAAUUAUGUUCCCUAACUGAAGACUGAAGACGUAACCUUGAGGGGAUGACCCCACUGACCAGGAGGGGACACGCUAAUGGCAGUUUAGUACCUUUUUUUCUGGGAGUGUACACAGCACCUAGACCACACUCACUUUACAAUGUCUCUAUGUACUGUAAUGCGGUUCCUGUGUAUUUUUAUAACACUUUGACUCCACUGAAUUAUUUAGUUGUUGACUGAAAAGGGAAAAUGUUAGUGUCUUGCUUUGGUUUUAAGGUUCCACAAAUUAUAUGAAGAUAUAUUUGACUAUUUUUCUGCCUCAGUUCUGCAAAAGGCACUGAUAAUGGCAGAUGCAUACUUGUGCCUUGCUAUACACAUAGAGGAUCUAGAUUAUGUAUAUAUAUAUAUAUAUAUAUAAUUGUUCUAAAUACACAUCUCACGUCAAAUCAAGGUGCUUUCAGUUAUACUAGAGCAGAAAUUACUAUUAUAUUUAAAACAAAUCUACACCCAUUUCUCUCUCUCUCACAUACACACACACAUAAACACACACACACACGCAUAGAUUAAAGCAGAACUGAAAUAGAUCUCCUUGGACCAAUAAAACUCAGUUUUGUGAUCUUAUAUUUCUGACGACAUGCAUGUUUUUGAAGUUCAGAGAAUGCAUUUGAUAUAUUCACUUAUGUAUACCGGGAUAAACUGUAUAAAGAGAGAUAAAUCAAUAAUAAAGCACAAAUAUUUGCCAA